CGUUUCGAGCAAGGUACAGGCGCAAGAAACCAUGCUACAUCCUUGGCAACGCCAAGCAGAUCAUCGCAUCAGUGGCGGAGAUGUUGUUCAGCGACCAACGUUUAGGCGAGAAACUUCUGAGAGGCAAUGGACUGUUCGGGGCGUCGUGACUGUAUUUCUACUGUUUGCUGCCAUUUCGAAGGUCGACGCUCAGUCUGCGCCAGGCGAUUUUGAACUCUGGGGUACCGCCACUAGUCCUACGUCUCUCGAAGUUGUAGCCGUUGCGCCAGAACACAAGAAUGGGCCCCUGGAUAUGUGCUACGGUACGCUUUCUGGUCCGCUCAACGAGCGAAACUUCACCUGCGAUGACCACGGAGGGAAGUCGUCCACACAGACAUUCAAGGGUCUGCUUCCGGACACUGAAUACAACUGCACCGUCACCUUCGCCAACCGGCUGCCCGACGGCGAAGUGGCUGCUACUACCAAAUCUAUCUUGCUUAGGACGCAGGAGAGGUACCUGGUACCGGAUCCAAGCCCAGCCAUGGGAUCCAACCGAACCGAAACCGACGCUGGCACGGUCUUCCCACCGACACCCAUGAUGGUCAUCCUCUCCACAUUAGCACUUUUUGUGGCAGCGACAUUUAGGCAACAAUUGCAUUAGUUGUACAAUACAGUGAAAAGGCGUUGCUGAAAGAGCUAUCCAUCAGACAUGGCAUACUAUACUAUGCGCAAUAUGUGUACGCAUAUAUAAUGUUCAAGAAAGAUAGGUCUAAUGCAGUAUCUCAUAAAGUAAGGACCGCGUACUUUGAUGUAUCAUUCUGCUUUUUGUGUUGUGCCCAGAGAUGUUGCAAAAACUUCGCCAGCAUGUAAACACCGAUAACUUAUUUUACUCAGUUUUUUUCACAACUCGUUAUCAGAGGCAUAGCUGUAUGGCGCUGCCUCUUUUUAUGCUAAGUAAUUUAAGAAUAAAACUCAUUUGAGGAAAACAACUUAUCGCGACGCUCAAUGUUUCUUGC